AUGUCUCGAUCUAACCUUGACUACGGUUUUCCAGUUGCUUCCUUUGUUCUAGUGAUGUAUGAUUGGGCACUUACAUUUGGACAGGAGGUUGAACUGGUCUGGAGGCAACGCUGGUCCCUAAUGACAGUUCUGUAUAUCAAUGCGCUAUCUUGGAAUAAUAUCUACUGUCUUGUACAUGAUAUGCGGUGUUCCGACGAUCUCGGUGACAGAUACAGUCAGUCUUCUGCACCAAUUUCUACUAUUUCUCUCAAAUUAACCGCAGCACCAUGUAGAAAUGUGAGCUUUAUUAUGUACAUCGUAUGGGAUUGGAUGGGUUUUGUGGUAUUUGCAAUGCUGUGGGUCAUCAUCAUCACUCGGUUACAUGCCAUGUAUCAAGGAUCCAGGAAAAUCCAUAUUUUUCUUACUGUCACUUUCCUAGCUGUCAAUAUUUUCAACGGAGUGGUCGGUGUACUGUUGAUGAUGCAUUCUUCAGGGGAUCAACUUAUUCUCUCUGGCACCUAUCAGUGCUCGACUAGCAUUCCAGAAAAUGCUAUAUUUCUGGAUUCCAUUUCUUGGGUACUCGCCACUGUGUGGGAAGUCCUCGCACUGUGUCUCGCAGCCUGGAUUGCUGUAAAACACUUCCGUGAAGUGCGACGACAUUCUGUAGGGGGGAUUUUCGGGGACUGUUUCAUGAUGUUGAUGAAAACUCACGUGGUUUACUUUGCGAGUUUUGCUGCUGCUGCUUGCCUCAACCUCAUUAUGCUUUUGUCUCCCACAAUCUCAGUGGACCAGUUUUCCCGGGAAACUGAGUUUUAUUAUGGCUUCCUUCAGAUUUUGAUGGUCAUCCAGUCGUUUGUGCUGGGACCACGCCUUAUCCUUAGCAUUCGAGAAUAUCAUGCUAAGCUCGUAGCCGACUGCGACGCAGCAACCUGCAUGACCUCAAUUGCUUUCCAGGAGCGCGUGCAUAUAUCGACUAGCAAUGGUGUGUAGCACGGGAGAAUCGGGGAGAUGCUCGAUAGAUCUAAUGGUUAUCUAGUACUCUGCCAGGAGCAGCAGGAAAGCUCGUUUUUAUUGACUCCCAUUUGUAUUGAUUUAAGUUAUGUGGUGUUGCGAAGUGAUUCUUGUAAAGGAGACAUAGGUCUGGGCAAUGUUUUCGUUGUAGUAUUUAUCUAAGUGAGUAGCUAUAGGUCUUAAUAUAUAAUGAAGCUUGAAGCUUGGAACAUCAUGUAUAUAUUGGCAUUAGAAUGACAUGGCACAAGCACUCAUUAAACGCAAAAUGAAAUAAAAAGACUUGGUUUGCCAUCUAAAUUCAGUGAACAUAUAACAUGCCAGGAAUAAGCGAGUCCGAGUCGGGGGCUGGCGCCGCGUGGCGUCAACUCGUGUCAGUGACAUGAAGCGGAAUCCGGAUUGUCAGCCAAUUCAUAGAUCAUGUUCACCUUGAAAUUGGUACGGCUC